AUGAGUGCAGACGAGUACGCGCUCCCAAACACCGUGCUGCGGUAUUUUGACCUCGGGUCGGCGCCGUACCGCGACGCAGCGGACAUUGUCGCGCGCCGAAAGGCGUCGCCGGACGGGAGGUUGUUCUUCGAUCGUCUCCUGGCGUUUGCGGAGAUUGAUGGCCCAGCGCUCUACCCCCCAACAACGCCUGCCGCCUUCCGCCGCCUCCUGCACGCGAUCCACAGCACCGCGCGCAUCGACCGCCUCAAGCGCGACUGCUUCCUCUACUACCUCGUGCGCGACCAGGCCGUGUCCCCAACAGCCAACGGUACCGGGGGAAUGGACCUCGACAGCGCGUCCGAGGCCGACAGCGAGUCGGCCUUUGUCCGUGCCCGUUGCCUCCCCCGCACCUGGCGCGUGUUCAUGGACGGAUACUGGUUCCUCGAUCAUGGGCGGUACGCGGAUGGUGUGGCGGCACUCGCCGACCCCGCCAUCUCCGAGCUCAACUUUGUCCCAGAGGUUGUGCGCACCCUAACGGCCAUCAGUCCGCCCUCCACCGCCCUCCGACUCGUGUACGCUCUCCUCGACGCGCGCGACCUCUCAAGCGACACGGAACGCAGCGCUGCACUCCUCUCCAAGGCCAGUGUUAGCGGCAUGUCCGCCGCGUUCGGCACCCUCCGCUCUCUCAACGACGCAGCCGCCCGCGCUAAUGGCCGCGAAGCCGUCUGGUGCUGGGCGUUAGGAGCUCCGCGGACGCCAGCGGGGGCAGGGACCCACACGGCGCAACCGCGCGCGCUGCGCGAGCUCCUCCACCUCGCAAUGCAUGAUGAGGAGAGCGCACACCUCGUGCGAUUCCUCGCCCACCCGCCGCGCGAGAUUUCGCCACCUGCGCGCUCGCUGCUCCAUGACCUCGUUACUCUCCGCCUCGUCCAUGCCGGCAAGUACGAGGAGACGCUCGCGCUUGACCGCGAGCUCGCGAGCGACUCGGCCCCAGCCGACCGCCAGCGCCGCCGCGAGAUGGUGCGCGAGUUCAUCGACAUCCUGCCCGAGGCGCAGCGCCGCAUUCUCCUCGGCGAGGACUACAAGCGCGGCGCGCUGGCCAACGGUACCGCCACCGUCAACGGCGACAUCGACAUGGCCAGCUCAUGGGAGAUGGUCGAUGAGCUCCCUCCCGCCAUCCCAGCGAUCGAGGAUGUGGCGGCGCCCGCUCCCGCUGUUACCGCUCCAUCUGACGUUGCAGUCGAGACACCAACACGCUCAGCCGCCCCGGCACCAUCGACGCCGGGGCCGGCUGCGCCCCAGCCCGUGCGCGUCGCUCAACGCGCUCUCGGCCUGGACACGCCCGCGCGCAACGGCACGGCCUCGCCGUUCGGUGGGCCGCCUCGCUUCGCCUCACCGCGACCCAAGGCGGACUCGACAGCACCGUCUGUCAGCUCGCGGCAUACGUCCCCCACCAGGUCGCCGGCGCCUGUGCGCCUAGCCUCGCCACCUCGACCGAGCGCGUCGCCAUUCGUCCAGCCCGCAGCUACGCCCAAGCCGGCCCGCAAACCCAAGAAGGUGAUCAAGGACGACACUGACGACACGCCCCUGCGCCGCUCGACGCGUAACCGCUCCCAGCCGCCCGAGGAGAAGGUGACCCCGCCCAACGUGCGUGCCGCGUCCCGCGCUCCAUCAGAGGCACCUAUCCCCGAGGGCGAACUUGCGCCCACGCCAGUGCGGCCCAGGCGCACCGCCAAGAAGAGCGAGAAGGCCGAGGCCGUUGUCGAGACACCAAAACCUCGCCUGCGGCGGAGCGUACGCGCGAGUUCAAGGGCGUCGACGGUCGAGCCUGUCGAGGAGGAGGAACUGGAGCCCCAGAUCCCCGGGGCGUUUGGGGAGACUCCGCGUACGCGCAAGGCCACCAAGACUGAGGAAGAGCCUGCAGCGAAGCGCACCCGCGGCAAGGCCGCCGCUACGCCGGCUACGCGAAAGAGUGUGCGCGCGCCCAGCGAGGCACCGAGCGACGUGAGUGAGACGCCUGUUCGACGGACGCGGCGUACUGCGACCAGCGAGCAGGGGAGUCCCACUCCCAGCGUGGCCAGCACGGCGGCUGGUAGCCCACUCAAGCGCACGACGAGGACGCGGGCGCGCCGCGGCGAGUAG